AUGGCGACGAAGGUAACAGAUUGGAAUAUUAACAGUCCAAUACCUACAGACAUUUAUAUCCUCUACAUUAUACAGUGUAGCUUUUACCUACAUUCUUUGUAUGCCACACUAUUCCUGGACACUUGGCGGAAAGAUUCGAUUGUUCUCCUUAUUCAUCAUUUAAUCACUCUUGUUCUUGUGUCUGGUUCUCUUGCCUGCAGGUAUCAAAACAUUGGUAUCCUUGUGCUUCUUCUUCAUGACAUUUGUGAUGUCCAGUUGGAGUUUACUAAACUGAAUGUAUAUUUUAAAUAUCAAGGUGGUCAGCUGAAGAAACGUCAUGAAUAUGUUGCAAAUAUAUCAUUUUUUGUUUUUGCUGUGACAUGGUUUGUUUCUCGACUAUAUUGGUUCCCACUUAAAGCUCUUUAUGCAUCCUCUCAAAACCUAGUAGAAAGAAAAAUAUCAAUUCCAUUUUCAACUUUUCUUAAUUUUCUAAUGUGGGUUCUCUUGGCUAUGAAUAUCUAUUGGUUCAUGCUUGUGCUUGGUUUCCUGUUAAGAGUGGCUACAGGACAGAUGCAAGAGGUUGAUGACACAAGGGAAUAUGACGUCCUUGAAAAGAUUGAGAAAAAAGUUGCUCAGCAUUCCAAGUUACAAAAUGGGAAUACCUACCAUAAUGGUCAGUUGGACACCAGUUUCAAUUCUUCUGUACGUUCACGAAAAUCCAAGCAAGCAAAAGCAGUUGCUAAUGGAAAACUGGCAGAAGCAGAGGAUUAAGUACUCCUGGCUUGUUAUUAUUAUUAUUACUACUUUUGACUUUUCUCAAGUUACAAUGAAUUGAUGAUGAGUGAGAUCAAGUCAGCUUUUCUCAUCUUGUUUUGUAAAAACUAAGCAAUGUAUUUUUUUUUUAGAUUUUUUUAAAUAUUUGCACAAAAAUCAGAUUACAUGAACAUGGAACCCAGUAAUGGUGAUAAAUGCUGUUUUAAAAUUACCAUCAUUUAUCUAAAUACUUCUAAAAUUAAUUUUAUUGUCUUUAGUUUAUAAAAACAAUUGUAUGCAUAUAAUUUGUUCUGUGUCAUUUCUUAUGUGGGGUACUAAUACAACAAUAUUGGAUGAUUUUUUUUUGUUUUUUACUUCUUGUCUCUUUGUUUUUGUAAUUAAUUUCAACAACAGGUUGGAAACAGGCAAAUUCCAGCAGUUUCGCUGUGUGAAAUGAGUGAAAACCAGCCAACCUAUACACAUUAAUGUAGCUGUGUGAAUUAUCAUUUUAGCACAGUUUAUUUGAUGUGUUCAGUUAAAAAAAAUACUCUGACUUCAGGUACCAGUAAAGAUAUUAUGUAAAGCUUAACCAUAUCAUAUAUCCAAAACAUUUGCAUGGUGUUAUUUUUCCAUUUGUAUGCAUAAACAUGUGAACUUUGGAGUGAGAAGUGUGUGUGUUUAUGAUAUUGUCAUGCAUUUACAACAAAUUUGAAGGGGAUCUUAUGUCUGCUCUGAAGGCAGUGACAUUGUUGUGUAUAUCUUUUUAAGCAUUGAUGGUGCUGUUUUAUUUUUUGUAGUUUCUGUAAUUUACCCAAAUACCCUGCUACUAAAAAGCAAGAUCAUAUAAGAUAAAGGAAUUUAUAUUGUUACUCAAAAGUUGAUAGUUUUUAUUUAAAUGCAUAUAUAAUCAAUAUGCUGAGAUGUGUAUAUAUAUGUGUGUGCAUGUGUGUUUGUUAACAUGCUUGUAUUUUAAAUUGAGGAAAAUAUGUGAAAAAAUGAUAACUUGGUUUAUGCUUAUAAUUGAAUUAAAAAUAUUGUCCAUAUUAAAAUGGUUUAAUAGGUAUUGGAAUCUUUCUGGGUUUGAAUGAAAUAUUUUUUUGCUUUGUAUUUGUAUUGAUUCUGUUUAAAUAAUGAAAGUUCCUGUAUUUGAUAACAUUGAACACUGCAAUCAAUUCAGUAAUUGGAUAAUAUGCUUAAUAGAUUUGCUUCAACAGUUUCACAUUAAUCUGAAGUUUCUCUUUUCUUAUUUUUUGUAUUUUUAUUUGUACAUGUAUUUAGGAUUACCAAAUAGUUUUAAAAUUUUACUACUAAUUUUGGCAAGUUAAAUUUGGUCACUUUUUUUUUAUUAAAAGAAUAAAAAUAUGUAAAACUGAAUUGUUCUUGAGAGAGGUAGGGAAAUAUUGGAUAUUUCAUAAAUAGAAAUGUAUGCAACUUAAGGAAUGACUACAUGUAAAAAGUAGAAAACUUUAUUUUUUCUAAUUCCAUUCACAACCUAAAAAAGUCAAUUUUUGAUUAAAUAAAAAUUUAACAUUUCAGAUAGCAGUGUCUUCAUAAAAAUGU